UAAAAGGAUAUAUAAGUGAAUCGAUGAUGUAGUCCAAAAUAUUGCCAGGGCUCUUGGGAUACCAGUAGUUUAUCUAUCGAAAGAGGGCAGAAACAUGGGGACCUGCAUAUCUCGUUUUUGUCCCUGUCUGCAGAAGUCCAGGGAGUACGAGCCCCUACUUCCGAAGGACGAUGACCCAGAGUAUAUCCCGUACCAGAGGGGUUCAGUCAGCUCUGCUCGGCGGCACCCGAGUCGGCCAUCAGUGGACAAAGGAGUUGGGAUCGGAGCUAGCCUCCGGAAGAUAACUGUUGAUAAAAUAGGAAUCGAAGAUAUAGAUCAAGAAUACAAGGUCCAUUCAGAAGCUUUCAAUGACUGCCACGACCGCUUCAACCAGCUGCGCACAUGUUAUCAGAGGAUGCUGUCAUCCUACGACAGUCGCGGUUAUACUCACAGUAACCUCGCACAGGUCUUCAAAAUAUACAAAGCCGAACUAGAGGAUUUUCAGCAGAAAAGUAUAGAAAUAAAACGGAAGCACCAGUACUGCAUGCAGCUGCAUUUUAAUGGAGACAAAAUUCCUGGAGAGGGCGCUCAGAUCUUUGAGGAUUUCAACCUGGCUAACUUGAUCACGAAAGACAUCAGUGAAAAGGAGCCCAUUGUCAUCAGCAACGCCAUGAUGUUGGUAAGCCGCGAGGAACAGAUUAAGCAAAGAAUUCUUGACCAUUAUUCGACCGAACAGGGUCAAGCUCCGGAGAAAUUAAAGAUAUGUGUUCAUAACACUGCCGAAUUAAAGAAAGUGAAACCUUUCAUGGAAUACAUGCGGAAAGAGACUGGCAGAAUGUUCGAUGAUUUGAAGGAGUCGAUUCGGGUGUUUGCACGUUGAUUGUAAAAUAUGCAAUGACUUAUAUCACCAUUCUCAACGUUUUACUCGCGUUUGCGUGCUGCAGCGGUAGAUCCAUGCGAUCCGUGGUUCACGUCAUGCGAACAGAUUUGGUUACUUAAGCGCAUGCGUAAACGGAUACAGUAUUUGGAAAUAUAGUUCCGACUUCUGCCGACGGCAGUGCUGAUUCAAAGUCCUCAAAGGAGUAUUCGUGACCUUCAGCGUCCCAUGCCGGCAGCCAGACUAAGUGGCACCCAGACUAAAUGACCACUUGGGAUCUGGCGACACUUGUUCCAAAGAAACAGAAAUGAGGUUAUGUAAAUUUGUGUUUGGCGAUUUGUCAAUUUCCUGAUAGGACCCAUCUUUAAAUAAAAAUGACUACAAUGGCCACGGCUUUUUAAUUGCCAGUCAACAAUGCCGUCGGUUACGAUUGAAUCUGGUUUAGUGAGGUCAUACACGCCUACAUGACUAGCAAGGACAUGAAAUGGUGCUUAAAAUCGUGAUCCAAGAAACACGAGACUGGUAUUUUUUAGACGGCCUGACCGAUUCAAAGCUGUCUCAAAUGAAAAAAUGAGUCGUCAGGUAUGGCUCUGGGGUGGUGCCAGUGUGACAAUAUCGAUUUCAUCACCGAUCUCCUUCAUAUGGAAAUCAUAUUAAAAUGUAUACACAUGUAUAUUAUACAAAGUUAUGCAAGUAUCUUUGAUUUGUUCCCUGUAUUAUCAACUGGUAAAAUCAAUAAAAUGACGAUCCUCAUGACAAAAAUUGCAUAAUUAUUUGUCUUAUGAACUGCUAA